AUGAUUGCAGCUCAGCGUUAUGACCAGUCCUGGACAGUUGUAUCCUCAGCGCCUAAGGGCAGCAGAAAAAAACGUUCAUCUGUAGCACCUUUCCAGUGCCUAACUGCCAUACCACCAGAAGGAAGUAUGAGGGCUGGGAUACUACCAGGCUGCCCAACCCUAGACACAGGAAGUCGAUAG